UUUGUGAAACAUGGCGGAUCUGGCAAUGUUGUGCAGCUCGAUUUGCUGUGUCUCCGAACAGGAGAAAACACAGCGGGCACGGAGCAGAAACAUCGAUAAACAACUCGCUAAAGAAAAAAUGCAGUACAAGAGGCUCAUAAAAAUAUUACUGUUGGGUACAGGAGAGAGUGGCAAGAGUACGUUCUUAAAGCAAAUGCGAAUAAUUCACGGGCAGGACUUCGGCGAAGAGGAUAAAAAACAGUUCAAGUCGGUUAUUUACAACAACAUUGUGAAGGGUGGCAAAGUCCUUAUAGAUGCCAGGGAUAAGUUAGACAUACCCUGGGGAAAUGAGAAACAUAUAGAACCCUUUGCCACUAUGGUUUUUAGCUAUGAUGGGAACAUAAAGUUAGAUGAGCCCACUUUCUUAGAAUACGUCCCAGCCAUCCAAGAACUUUGGAAAGACACUGGCAUUCAAACUGCUUUUGAUCGGCGGAGAGAGUAUCAACUUGACUUGGCUACCACUCGCAGGAAUCUCAAUUGUAGUGAAGCCAUCAAAUACUUUCUGGACAACCUGGAUCGAAUUGGAACCAAGGGCUACAGUCCAACCAAACUGGACAUCUUACAUGCAAGGAAGGCGACAAAGACCAUCGUCGAGCACAAUUUUGACAUAAAGGGUGUUCCGUUCCGGUUUGUAGACGUCGGAGGUCAGAGGUCGCAACGGCAGAAAUGGUACCAGUGCUUCGAGGGGGUGACGUCCAUCUUGUUUGUGACUGCGUCCAGUGAAUAUGACCAGGUGCUUAUGGAGGACAGGAGUGUGAACAGACUCACCGAAUCUGUCAACAUAUUCGAGACUAUUGUGAAUAACAAGUGCUUCCAGAGCGCAUCGAUUAUACUCCUCUUGAACAAAACUGAUUUAUUAGAACAAAAAAUAAAAGAUACUACAUUCAAGGAUUAUUACCCUGAAUUUGAAGGCGAUUCCCAUAAGAUGGAGGAUGUACAAAAUUUCAUAUUGGAUUUAUAUGAUGCAAAACGGCGGGAUCGUUCAAAGCCAUUGUUUCACCAUUUUACCACGGCGAUAGAUACAGAGAACAUCAAGUUUGUAUUUCAAGCCGUCAAGGACACGAUUCUGCAACAUAAUCUUGAAUCGCUGAUGCUUCAUUAAUUCAUGUAAUUAGUCUUAUUUUAAUAUGAGGAAGUGCAAAGUAAAUAUUCUGAUACUUUUCAGACAUGUAUUUUCUGUUCUUUUCCAAGAACCUCUGUUUACAUACCAAUGAAAGAGAUUGCUGUUUAGUGAAAGUCAAUGAAUAAUCUACAGUGUAAUCUUAUGUGUUCAAAGAAGCCUGAUGCUGUAUGGUGUUUAGAUCAAAGGCCAUUUUGUCUGGGCACUACAUGGCAAGAAACAGAAUAUCUAUUUUGUACAGUCCAAACUCCAAUCUGUAUAUUACCCACCAGACUUGCUUGCUGAUGAUAAUCUGUACACAGAUUGGUGUGAGGGUUGACCCGCAGGGUGCUUGCUAUGCUGAAUGUAUAGUUUUUGCUGGCUGCAGACAACUCAACUAACUAAUCAUGACAAGUAUGUUCUUUGGCUUUCUGAAUUUCACCUGAAUGAUAAUGUAUUGCAUAAGGAUGUACAUUUUUGGCUGGUUCUGGUAUAUUUUUGAAGCUCUUCAUGCACUCUCAGGCUUGCCAAAAUCAUGUCAAACAUAAAAAGCUUGUUUUAAUACAUGGAAGCAAAGUUAAUUGCUGGUAAUGAUCGAUUGAUGCAAUAGUUUUCCAAAAGGUUCUUAGAUGGCAGCACUGCAACAGACCAUUUCGAGAAGAAGAUGUAAACCGGUUUUAGACAGUACAGUUAAAUAUAGUAUAAAAGCUAAUAGCAUUUUAUGCUGCUAAUAGCAUUUUAUACUAACUGAAAUAAGAACUUAGAUGUCAUUUUUUAUACGUGUCCUUUGAUUGUGGAAAGUCUUUCAAAUGCCUAGAGGGACUAUCAAAAGCAAGCACACCCAAGGGGCAGCAAGCACAUGUAAGGUUGUUUGAUUCUGCACAGCGCUUUUUAAGGGUCAAGAUGUUGAUCCUUAGAAAUGCACCUAAUGUUGUAUUUUUACAUAGAGUUGUUUAGCGUCAGAUUUCUGCUCUAAAAGAGAGGUGGACACUUUGAUUUGUGGCAUUUGUUAUACAUGUUUUUAAAUAUAUGGUGCCCAAGGUUAUUUUCAUCAAUGCUUAGUUUUCUACUGUUGAAUAUGAACGGAUAGUUUUGAUGAUUUAGUAUCAGUGAAUGAGACUUGGCUUGAACAACUCAUAUUUCAGUUUUGAACAAGUCGAGCUAAAUCGCUGCACAGGUUGUACAUUUCUUUGGCUAUCAAUUGUUAUAAGGAAACCUGAUGACCCUGACAGCUGUUUGAACUUUUUCUGUUCCUGUUUUCGUGUAUGCCUAAUAUUGGUCAAAAUGUUCCAUGUUCAUCUGGUGGUCUACUUUCAGAGUACAGGCAACAUGACUGGUCUCACGACUUGUAAGUCUUUGCCUGAGUUGUAUCAUUUGUCCAGUUUUGUACUUAUGGUUUUUUCCUCGACUAUCCCUUUUCACAGUAAUGGCUUUACCGUGCAGGCUUUGUCAUGUAUAACUGUUUAGAAGUCGUUGAUAAUGCCAAACUCUUUCUUAACUGAUCAUGUACAAAAGUAAUUUCCAUGCGCCGUGUGGAAGAGCCAUUUUAUUUGUAUACACAGAGUCUAUUUAUGUGACUGUAAACAUUUAUUUAUUUUACAUAGCUUUUAGGUGAUUUUAGAUAGAAGUCAUUAUACAGUGUUAUAACAGGACCUGGUAGAUAAGGGAUAUUAUUAUAAUCAUGUGGGUGGGCACAAAACAACUGCUGAAUCAUGUUUCAAGAAACUCAUCCACUUCAGUUGGUUUUUGCUCCAAGAAGCCUGAUAUCCUGUACACUUCUGGGGCUCUCCCAAAACCUUUCGAUAGGCUGUUUCAGUAUUUCACAUUAUGGUUUGAAAGGACCGAUAGUAUAUUAUAGCAAUUUCCAGAUCAGCUCUGAAAAACAAAGUGUCUGUUCUGUCUGAAAUCUUCCUGCUUUCAGGUUCAUGUGUGUUUUGAGGGAAAAUAACUGUCAUGAUGUGAUUUAUAACGAGCACAAGCUCCCUUACCUGAUGACUGUUCCUUGAUUGUGAUAUUUGGGUGGAGACACAAGACAGGGACUGGGGUGGUUCUGAUACUCAUCAUGCCCUGGUUUUGGUUGUGUUGGAUUAACUUGGGCAAAUGAUACAGUAACAUUUGGAACUUGGAUGUUAUAUUGGCUUUGAAAUGGCCUCAGCACUGUGAGAAACUUGGAAAGAAGAGAGAUAUGUUUCUGCAUCUCCUGCUGUCGUUUGUCCUAAGCUUGCAGUGGUGUCAUUCAAUGCUAGAACUGGUCUGAGGUAAACAUUGUAAAGAGGUUCUCAGCAGACUGAUUUAGAAUCUUUGAAGCCUGAAUGGUCUUCUUGUUGCCUCCUUGAGAGAUGAUUACUAAGACGAUGUGAUCAGGAUCAACGCAGAAUGUCGUUCUAUAUAAUAAGCUUCCCUGAGUAUACUGUUCUUGCUUCUAUUAUUUUAGCAUGGCUUUUAAUGUAUUCUCAAUAAUAUGAUCAAAAGUCUUUUCAGAACGUCUACUCUUGGGAGUUAUAUCUACAAAAAAUGAAGAUAAAUUGACUGAAGCAAUCGGGAUGAACUGCUGGAGUAGUAUGUGUACGUACAUUUAUGUUAUAUGAACUGAAUAUUGUUACCUUACAUUACCUUUUGAUUAGAUUAGACUCUUCUCCUUAUCCCUAGGUACCAGCUAGUUAAGUCAUUUUACUGAUGGGCACAGGACUUCAAGAGGUGGCUUGUUUUAAAAAAAGGGGUCUAUUUUGAACAUGAUGGAUGUCAUCCUCCCAGUUGAGAGUGCUGUAAAUAAGAGAAGAUCAUCUUAGCCUUAUCAACAUCUGAAUAUACUCCAUUCUUUUAAUCUUUUCUAUCGUUUUGAUAGUGGAGGACAUCAGAUGCUACCAAAUGACUGCCACCGAUAUAGAGCAUGAUUUUGUAGUGAUAUUUUAUACUUGAAUGGUUGUAAACUGAAUAUUGUAACACUGUCUAGAAGUAGAGAUUCUUUUUAGCAGUGAUAUGUGUUGAAUGAAUAGAGUGGCAAAUGGUUUGAGUGGCAAACCAGUAGAAUCCACUGGGAGGCCAGUGAGUCUCUUAACCUUUCAGGGCUAAUAUGGACGUAGGUUUUUAAACCAGAACAACAAGAUAAAAGUUGAUGGGGAGUAAUUGUGUCUAGGGAUAUGCCUUCCAUUGUCACGACAUCAUUUUGUUGGCUCUGUUUGCUCGUCCAACAUGGUAUUGCCCCAGUUACGUAAAAUACUUUGAAAAUGUGAGCUUCUGGUCUCAUGUCGAUUUAAUACUGAAAAGACCAUGCCACAUUGUAUUGGACCUGACACUGUUUUGCCAUCAGUCACAAUGAAGUCUCUCAUUGGAGAGAACAGGCUUCAGGGGACAGACUUUGUUCCGUGGUGCUCUCUAUGGACAGGUUGUCAAAAGCGUUUUAUUAACUGUCUUCUCAUGGUCGGGGUCACCUUUGUGGAUAUUUCGGGAUGAUGUGCCUUCUGAAACUUGAGUGACCCACACUCUCCUUAGGGAUUUACCUAGAACACUUUCUACUGAGUGUAUAAUGUAUUUAUAGCAAACAGGGCUAGAGACUAGAAUAGUGAUAUGGUCUUCAGUUCGUCGUAUCUUCAACAACAGUCUCUUCGGCUGUUCAGACCUUGAAUAUUUAAAAUAAGCAGGUUUUAGAGUAUAACCUUGUGUAGCUUGUGCAAGGGUCAUACAUGUAGUCACCAUAGAGAAGACCUUUGGAGGGUGUCUUCCUAGGUUAGACUAAUGUAAUUAUUAAACCUUAACAGAUUCUCUGAAGUGAUCGUGUUCACUCUCCAGCCCUGUUGUACAAUUCUGUAAUGUAUAUUGUGAGCAUACUGUGUCAAAACUAAACUACCCUAUAAAUAUGAUAACAAUAUGUGCAAAUAAUAAAUAAUAAUGCUUCAUGAUGAAUUUUUGAAAUUAAAUCAAUUGAUCAAAA